CUGGAUCGGUGUUUUACUUUACUUUCGUAGAAUGGAGAUCUGCGGUCUUGUGACUCAGAAUAAAGAAUCAGUUCCUCUGAAGAGCAUCUCGGUGCAGGUUCGGGUUCAGGAUCAUGUAGCCACAGUCUCCUCCACUCUGCAGUAUGUGAAUGAGGAAGAGCGCCCCCUGGAGGCCUUGUUCGUCUUCCCUCUGCCUGCUGAUGCUGCUGUCUGCCACUUCAGUGCCAAGAUCGGAGAGCAGGAGAUUGUGGCAAAGGUGCAGGACAGAGAAAGAGCACGGGAUCAGUAUGAUGAUGCUGUGAGUUCGGGUCAGCAGGCGUUUCUGUUGGAAGAGAGCGCAGAGAGUCCUGAUGUGUUCAGACUGAGUGUGGGGUGUCUGUCGGCGGGUCAGAACGCUGCUGUCACCAUCAUCUACAUCACUGAGCUCGCUGUGCAGGCCGACCACUCGCUGCGCUUCUGUCUGCCGGCUGUACUCAAUCCCCGAUACACACCAGCAGGUUCAGGUGCUGGUAUCGUCUCAGAGAUUUCAUCAGGAUGUGGAGCUGUUCCCUACACGCUGACUCUCAGUGUCCAUGUGAGCUCUCCAAAGCCCAUCUCCAAACUAGAGUCCAACUGCUCUCUGGAUCCUCUAGUGUUCCUGCAGUCUGAUCACACUCAGGCCACGGUGAAUCUGAGUCCUGGUCACAUGUUUGAUAAGGACUUUGAGCUGUUUGUGUUCUAUCAGGAUACCCAUCAGCCCUCUGCUAUAGUGGAGACAGGAGUGACCACUGCCCCACCAGGCUCUCUGAUGAGAGACCCAGUGGUCAUGAUAAGUUUGUACCCAGAGUUCCCAGAGGACGUAAAGAAAUCACUGGCAACUCGAGGGGAGUUUGUUUUUGUGAUUGACAGAUCAGGCAGUAUGGGCAGCAUGAUGCAUUAUGGGAAAAGAGCAAAGAGGCGCAUUGAAAGUGCAAAAGACACUCUGCUGUUACUGUUGAAGAGUCUGCCCAUGGGAUGCUACUUCAAUAUCUAUGGAUUUGGCUCUCAUUUUGAGUCCUUCUUUCCUAAGAGUGUCGUGUAUAAUCAGGAAACAAUGGAUCAGGCUCUGAAGAGAGUGAAGGAAAUGAAAUCAGACAUGGGUGGCACUGAGAUUUUAAAGCCUCUAAAACACAUCUACAGUCAGCGCUGUCACCCCGAUCACCCCAGACAGCUGUUCUUCUUCACUGAUGGAGAGGUGGGAAACACUAAAAAGGUGCUGGACCUGGUGAAAAGUCACGCUCACUCUCACAGGUGUUUCUCGUUCGGGAUUGGUGAGGGUGCGAGUGCCGCCCUCAUCACAGGAAUGGCCAGAGAGGGAUCUGGUCACGCUCAGUUCAUCACAGACACAGACCGCAUGCAGCCCAAAGUGAUGCAGUCGCUCAGGUUUGCUCUGCAGCCCGCUGUGGUUAAUAUCUCUGUGGACUGGACCCUUCCAGAUGGUCUUACUGUUGAAACACUGUCUCCUCCCAUCAAUGUGCUCUUCCAGGGUCAAAGGACACUCAUUUAUGCCCAACUGAAAGGAGAGAGUUCAGGAGGCUCUGAGGGAACUGUGACCGUCAAAUACAGUCUUAAAGAUCAACCAGUAACAAACCAGCUCCACUUCUGCCUCAAACCCACUGAGGAAACUGGGCUGUCCAUCCACCAGCUGGCGGCUCGGACCCUGAUCCGUUCUCUGGAGCAGGAGAAGAGGUCAGGUGCUGCAGAUGUUGAGGGCAUCAGGAGCAGGAUGGUGGAGCUCAGUGUUCAGGCAGGAGUGAGCAGUGUUCAUACAGCCUUCAUUGCUGUUAAUAAAGACAGCAGACAGACUGUGAAAGGACCCCUGCAGCAGAGAAGAGUGCAGACAUGCGCCGCUCAACCGGUUCAGCCACCGGCAUCUAAAUUCAGAGAAUCUAAACAAGCUAAGCCUAAAUCACUGCUGGGGAAACUGGGUCAAGCCCUGUCUCGUAAUCAUGAUUCUAAAUCGUUUAGACACUCAAUGAUGAUGGUUGAAGGCUGUUGUGCAUCAUCGGCAAGAAAGGUAGAGCGCCAGAAGGAUCUGUUACUGCAGCUGGUUUCUCUCCAAAAGGCGUCCGGCUGCUGGGAUCUGGACGCCACACUGGCCGAUGUGUUUGGGAAGACGGAGGAUGAGCUGACCAAUCAGAAGCCAGCACAGGUGGAUGGGUCAGUAUGGGCCACUCUCCUGGCUCUGAUCUGGUUAUACGGCUGUAAAAUAGAGCAGCAGGUGGAGUGGCAGUUUGUGGCCAUGAAGGCAGCGUCAUGGAUCGGCUCUCAGAAAGUGGGUGAUCUGUCUCAGUGUGUGUGUGAGGGGAAUGUCCUGCUCGGAUGUCAGGUGACCAAAGAUACUCUGGGAAUCUGAAGACGUCUGUGUUUCUACAUCCUGAUCCCUCAGAAGACAAAAGAACAGAUUCUGUUACUUUUACUGUUUCUCUAUUACUUGUCUCAGUGAAGUUGAAUUAAUUUUAUUUGCUCAAAUCUACACCAAAUUCUAAAUAUAUGAACUGCACUAUCAUUUGAGAUUUAUGCACCAAAGUAUAAUAAAUAAAUCAAAUGUUUCCAAGAAUAAAAUACAUAUUUUUUA